UCAAAGCAUUUUUAUUGAAAUAUAUUGAAUAUAUCUUACAUUGUGAAACUUUAGCUUCUUACACUAAUAUUAAUAUCGUAUCAAGGAACACGUUUGUUUAUAAUUAAGUUACCAGAUGCACCAUUGAAGCAAUAAUGAGAGGCUGAGAGCCAAGGUUCCACUAAGAAGUAAUGGGCAUUGCAUAGUACUUAGCCCCCUUUCACAAUGUCCUAUCAGGUCAGGAGUCCAUUUCCCACUCAUUGGGGUGACAGGCUGCUCACCCGAUCAUAAGCCAAAGAACUAAUUUACCCCCAGUGCCUUACUAAACUUUUAUCAAACAUUUUAUCCAUUGUGAAUUAAUGAAUGGACAUGGCAAGUACAUACAUGCCCUGCCCACAGCGAGUCUAAUUUGUUCAUAGUAUUUACACAUAGAUAGCUCCACAAGUCCUUAGUCACCAAGGAAAAUUACUAAUCCUAGCUCUCCCACCUCUUUACCCUUUUGCUUUGGAAAUUGAUAAUCAAUAUUUUAUUGUAUUUUUAUUACUCUUCAUAUUGUUAAUAACACUAUAGUUUCAAUAAAAGUAAUAACAGCAUUGAAAUUAAAAGCAUUAUAAAAAAUAGCUCAUGGAAGGGGAAAGUCAGGUGAGGUCGUGUAGGCUGCUAAUUGACCCCUUUGGUGGCUGAGCAUUUGUGGAGCUGUCUCUCUGAAGAUACAUUUCACAAAACAAUACUAAAGUGAACAUCACAUUUUCUUUGCAGCUAUGGAUUAACUUAAUAUGCUUCUGUAGACUGCGUAUGAGUUUUUGUUAGUAAGAUAUAAAUUUAAUAUUCUGAUAUUCUUACAACUCUAUAUAGAGAAAUGGUUUUGCUUGAAGAAAUGUAUGCUUCCAGAUAUUUCUGUUAUGAAAAGGAAAUGUAGAUCUAGUUUCUUUUUCACUAGAAAGAAAUAAAAAAUAGUAAAAUGCUAUACUUUUAAUUUAUGAAUAUUUCUUAUCAGAUUUGAUGUUGCUAUUCUACAGUCUGGUAGCAAUGUCUGCUGUUCUUAUAUUUGAUCAGUAUUGUCAUUUACUUCCUUAAUAAGAUUGAAAAGUAAUAUCUAACUUCUUUUUCAGAUGGUGAUUCUAAGUGAUUUUUCCACAAAAGCAAAGCCUAAAUGAGACGAUGGAAGAGGAAGAAAAGGGAAAGAAUGAAACCCAACCCUUCACUGCCAGAGGCUUCUAUGGCAGAACUCAGUCACAGGACCAAGUGCUGCUGCGCAUUGCCAAGACCAGAAAACACCUCAAACAGAGACCUCUAGUAAGCGAGUACAGACCUGGGAUUUUGGGUCCACCUGCCACCUGGAAGACCUUCCGUCGCCAAGCGGAUGCCAUCAAGUUUGCCCAGGUGCAGGGGAAUGGCCUCAUGGUGUUCUCCUUUGAGGGGGAAGCGCUUGGCCAGGGGGGCAAGAGGAAUUUUGUGGUGACGCACCCGAAGAUGAUGUGGAUCCAUCAGUGCGAGCGCAGCCCCACUCAGAGGUGUACGUAUGAAGUCAUCCAGGAGAACUCUGUAUGUAAGCUUUACUUCGACCUUGAGUUCAUGUACUUGCACAAUCCUGAGAAUGAUGGUGUUCAGAUGACCAACACAUUUAUUAAGAUAGUAUGCCACUUUCUCCUCAAGGAGUUUGGGGUAUGCUGUAACCGCAAAGAUAUUAUUGACUUGACUAGCUAUUCCUUUGCAAAAUUUAGCCGUCACUUGAUUUUUAACAUUCCAGGGGUGGCCUUUGCUAAUAAUAUUCAUGUUGGAAAUUUUGUUAUCAUGAUUUGCAAUCAGAUAAGAACCUGGGCAAGGGAAGGUAUGAAAGAAAUGCCUGGCUUUACAUUCAGUGAUGUGGAAACCCUAUUUGUAACAGAUACCAAGGGAAAUAAAGGACUAUUUUGUGACGAAGGAGUGUACACGAAGAACAGGAACUUCAGAAUUCUACGUUCAACAAAAUUAGGGAAAAACGCACCUUUGGUGGUAGCUCAAGAGAAUCAGUAUGUGUUACUGACAAAAAUGGGAGGUUGUGCAGAGGAAAUGCUCUUCCUGGAUUCUCUGGUGACAACAGUCAGAGAGAGCCCCAAAAUCUUGACUUUUGGAGACGAUGGGAUAAGAAGACCGAAGUGCAGACAGAAGGAGAAAGAAGGUGCAGGCCCGGGGAUGGAAGGGUUCAGCCACUCUCCGUACCCAGAGAUUGACAGGUACAUUCAGAGUAUCCUUGGUCAUGGUUACAUCCGCUGCUGGUUUUAUUUCCCACAAAGUGAAUUGCUGGUUUAUGAAAUCGCCAAUAAUAGGUUCUGCCACAACAUUGGUAGGGAGCACAAGAGCAAUGGGGUAAUGUACGUUGCAAACUUGAAACUAGCUGUUUAUUAUCAGAAAUGUCACGACUCAGACUGCCAGGAAUACCGAUCAAACCCCAUUCCACUUCCAGAGUCGACGGUAUUCUGGAAGAAAAUGGGAGAGGAAGAGGUGCUGGAGUGGAUCCAAGACUCUCAGAAUGGUGCAAAUGACAUUUGGGAUGACAACGAUGAUGACGACAACCUUCUAACCAUGGCAGCCACACAGGUUGAGAACGAGCAUAACAUUGAUAUUAUGGAGGUGGCAGCUACAGAGUUUGAGAAUGAGGAGGAUGAUAAUCUUUUACUCAUGGCAGCUGCGCAGGUUGAGAAUGAGUAUCUGUCAGACAGCAAGUUGACUAAUACUGUAAAAAAGUUUGAAAUGUGGGAUAAAAUUGAUGAGAUGUCUCUAUCUUCACUGAGCAGGCAGAGUUCUCAGAAGAGCAACCCUUGGGACAGGCUGUCCCUCAUGUCAUCUCCAAACAGUUCCUUUUUUGACGAGUCUUCACAGAAAUCCCUUGACGAUUGCAGAACAAAUCUUUGCCCGGAAACUUUCAUUACAGACCAGAAAGUGCGGCAGAACCCAAACAUGUAUGAUUUUGAAUCGGACGAAGAGUUUGCAAGUGCCGCAGCCAAAGUUGAAGAUGAGCUUCAAAAGCAAACUGGGGAUGAAGUGGAAUUCAAUAGCUGUGGUCUUGACGAUGACGACUUUAUGCUGCCAUAAAUUUGAAUAUGAAAAAUUCUCUAUUGCAUGAUAUAUUAUAGAUUUAUUUUCAGUAAGUAAGGAAAUUAAUAAAAGUUUUUAGAGUACCUUUACUGUUCUGGUACAAAGUUAUAUAUUGUGAACAAAGGUUUUAGUAAUAUAUAUUUAUUUUGUUAGUUAUUACUGGUCUGUCAUGUAUUAAUAUACUCAUUUGUAGUGUAAAAAAAGCCAAGGGAAAUUAAUACAAAGUGCUUUACACAUUUUACAGUGAUAAUGAUGAAACUGUAUUAUAGUAAACGUAGCAUGAGCAGGCUUUGACAAGGGAUUGUGUAUCCAAGAGAAUAAUAUAGAAAUUUGACAGAGCUCACAUUUAUUAAUGAUGCUCGCUUCAGAAAUGUUAAUCUUUCCUAUGUGUUGUUGGUAACAUAAAAGAGUUGCUUAAUGAGUUACAAAUUAUUUUGUGGUUUAAAACUAAUUUGCCUCCAAUUUGUAGUUAAAUUAUUAUGGAAUUUCUUUUAUUUUUGUUAACAUUAUUUACCAUAUAAGAUCUAAAGUAAUCUGACUUAGAUCAAGAUCACUCAGUGAUAUAGCAAACAAUUGAUUGGGAAAUCACUGUUGUUUAAAAUUUUAUAAAAGAAAAGGAAUAAUAGAUGUCAUAUAUCCUUUACAAUAUAAUUUAGGACACUUCUUCUUAAAAGAAGACCAUCGAGACACUAAGACAAUACAUGCACGCAUUCAAAGGUGUUCUCAGAUCAAUUGCCUGAAUAUGCAAGUUUAAACCUUCAUUUUGUAACAUCAUCAUUACUAAAGUCACAUUAUUGCAUUCUAUCUCACGACAGUAGUGUAUUAAUAUGAAUAUAUUAAUGUUUAUAUGCACAUGAGAGUUUAAAUUAACAAACCAUUUGAUCAAUGCAUGUUUGGACAAUUGGUUUAAAAAUACUUUAGGAUGCAGAUACUCUCAUUUAGGUCUACUUGAAUUCUAGCAAAUAGUCAUACAGUGUUUAGUCAAAUGUCAUGUACUUUUCUCACUAUUUUUAGGAUUGGAUAUAAGCUCAUAUUUCAGGUUAUAUUACUUGUGCAGUGAUUAUGUAGCAAGAACAGUCCAGUGGGCAAAUAAAGAGUUUGUUACAGAAGUCAUUCCAAUAUAAAAAAUGUGAAUUAUCCAUUGAAAGUAUUGAAUAUAGAUAUUUAUAUGGGGACAACAGUCAAAAUUUGUAAAAUUUCCAAUGUUUUUUUUUUUUUUUUUUUUUA